AUGUCGAAUCACUCAUCUGCACAAAAUACAAGCUUUUUCCAACCAGAUCGAGCUCCAUUUGCACAGGGACAACAUAAUCAAUUUGCUCAGUUUACGGCUGCAGCCAGUCACGGCUAUCAACCACGACCACAAAUGUCUGCAACAACGACUACAUCCGCAGUUGUACCUCGUCCAACCGAUACACCUUCCCAAACCAACAAACUAUUUCCACCACCAGAUAUUACAGUUGCUGCUUAUUUAUCACAAUUAGAUAAACAACAAUAUAUAAAACCAUUACCACCACAACCGUUUAAUUUAGAAAAGGUUAAAGAUUUUAAAUUUGUGACGGCCGAUAGUCUCGUUCUUGAGACACGUGAAAUUUAUGAUAAAGUUAGUGACACAUUUCAAUGGGAAAUGUGUUUAAGUGAAUCAGAUCGUUGUAUAAAAUUUAUUCAAGAAAAAUGUGCUAAGAAACGAGUAUUUUUGGUAACAUCUGGCGGAUUAGGACAUAUAAUUAUACCUGCAGUCCAUGAUUUACCACAAGUAUAUGCUAUUUAUAUUUAUUGUGGAACUAUGGAAUUUCAUUUGCCAUUACAAUCGAAAUAUUCGAAAGUUCGUGUUGUUUGUAGUCAUGAUGACCAAUACUUAAUACCUCAACUUGCUGUUGAUGUUGCACAAGCUAAUAUUGAUUGGGGUGAUGCACUUGUUGCCAAAGGUGAUCGUGCGACAGCUAAAGAAAAAUUCGAAAAGGCAUUGACAAAUUUAGAGCAAUACGCAAAAAAACCUGAUCCAACUAUGAUAGCUCAAGUUAAAGCAAAAUUAGAACAAUGCAAAUAA